GUAAUUAAAUCUGCACGUCUACAUUUUGAGUUCGAGUAAUUUAUAUAGAUGCUUAAAUUGACCGUUAUUGCAUGAUUUAUAAAACACCUUGCUAUAAACAAAAUUCUUUGUAAUAGUUUUGUUUAUGCAGAUGCAGUGUACUCAAAAGCGCGCUGUUUAAUAGGUUAACAUUUAGUGUGCACUCGACAUGGCCAGCUUGAUCAACGUGAGAGAGGCUCCAUCGCUCUCAAAAGCGUCAGAACUGCCGUUCUGUCCUGUGAUCGAUCUUCAGAACGAACUACUUAACACAUCGGCACUGCGCUUUGGCACUGAAAGCUACAUGCCACAAAAUUUCCUUCUACCAGUCCAUGAAACCGUAUUGAAGCGAAUUACUCGCACCUUCUUUGAGAACGGCUUUUGGGACGCACUGGCCGAGGCACGCAACGAAUCGACACGCCAAGAAGCGCCCUGGAUAGGCAAGACCUUUAAUUAUGUUGCUGAGCUAUUGGGCAUAUACUCAAAACUCAAGCUGCGGCUAUUUCCGCACACGCAGGCGUUAAGUGAUCAGCGCAUAGCGCAAUAUGUAGAAACGAGAGAUUGGUUAGACAGCUGUAUACGCUGCAUAGCCUGGCAUUGCCAUGUACUGAAGCUGGCUGUAGCUGGUGGCGAUGACGUCGUGCGUAUUUACAACAAAAACAGCCAUGAUGGACCAAGUCUAGUAAUCAAGAGGUCAAUCCAUGCACAAAUCACCUGUAUGUCUUGGCGUCCUUUAUGCGCUUCCGAACUUGUUAUAGGCUGUCGGGCCGGCUUAUGCUUUUGGAUUAUCGACAGCAACUUUCACUUGACGCGUCCUUCAACGCCGAAUUUGACACUGCAACAUCCCUCGAAGUUGCCAAUCACAUCGAUGCAAUGGAACAAAAAUGGCUCACUGCUGGCCACUGCAUCCAUCGGUGAUAGUUCCAUACUUAUCUGGCAACCAGAAAUGGGCAUAGUUCAGCCGUUAAAACAUCUGGGACCGCCCGGUUCCCUGCUCAAAUGGUCGCCAUCCAACGAAUAUCUCUUUGCUGGCACCGUAGGUCGCAUAUUUUGGGUUUGGCAUUGCGAUCCAACCUGGACCUCCGAACGCUGGAAGUGCAAUGGCGGGACAGUGCAGACUGCCACCUGGUCACCUUGUGGCCGAUUUCUGCUCUUCGUUACCACAGCCGAGCCCAUUUUGUAUAGUCUUCAGUUUAUACAGCAGCACUUGCAUCAAUGUGAUAACGAGGUGAUGGCCAUUGCCGAUCUCAGUGCCUGCCCCUUGAACGGCAACAAUCAGACGCUUAUCGGCGGCAAUGCUCAGCAAUUGGUUUGGGAUCCACACGGCCAAUUUCUGGUUGUUACCUUUAAGGCUACCAACUACAUUGCCGUUUUUCGGACGGCCAUCAACAAGUUUGACAUGCACCUUUCGACUGCCUUUUAUCUGGCCGGGGAGACGCAGACUGAACAUCCCAGCUAUGUCUGCUUUAAGCCGCUCCAUAAGGAUAACGAUCGCUCCAUGCUCACUAUUGCCUGGUCAUCGGGUCGCAUACAGUACUAUGCUUUCAAUUAAGUUAAUUCAUUAAUUAUUGUUAUUCAAAAUGAUUAAUUUUGGCCGAAACUAUAAAUUACAGUUUGUAUCUCCGUGUAAUAUUGAGGAUCCAAAGUUGUUUGUAAAUAUACAUUUUUCACGUCAUCAAA